AUGCAACCCAAUGAAAUUACAGACCUCUCUUAUCUAUUCCCUUCAAACCCAAACCAAUACUUCCCUGUAAAUUUCGGCUUGAGCAAUAACAACAUACAAGCAUAUCAAUUUAGCAAUCUCAUAAACCCUCUAUACCAACUCAACAACAACACCCAGUUCCAAGAACUAAACACCCCACAACAGACGAGCCUCAGCAGUAACUCAACCUCCGAUGAAGCGGACGAGCAGCAGCUGAGCAUAAUAAACGAGAGGAGGCAGAGGAGGAUGAUCUCGAACAGGGAAUCCGCACGUCGGUCCCGCAUGCGCAAACAGAAGCACUUGGACGAGCUCUGGUCCCAGGUCAUGUGGCUCAGGGAUGAGAAUCACAAGCUCGUCAACAAGCUGAAUCACGUGUGUGAAAAUCACGACCAAGUAGUCCGGGAGAAUGCCCGGUUAAAAGAGGAAACUCUCGAGCUUCGUGAGAUGAUUACUAACAUGCAGCUCAACAGUCCUUACCCUGGGCUCAAUGGGCUUGAGGACGACCCCUGCAGUGACUUGGCCUAA